GAGAGAGAGUGAGCAAGACCUGCGAGGAGCGGAACGAACGAAAAAAGGCGAACGACAAAUGUUACUCAUGGCUGGGAUUUUGUUUACGGCGACCUUUGUGCUGCUUGGGAUUUCUACGUUAGUUUCUUCGGCACGGAUUUACCCUCCAAAUGAAGUGACGUUACUGGACUCCAGAUCCGUAGCGGGGGAGUUGGGCUGGGUCGCCAACCCAACAGAAGGAGGGUGGGAGGAGGUGAGCAUCAUGGAUGAGAAGAACAUUCCCAUCAGGACGUACCAGGUGUGUAAUGUCAUGGAACCCAACCAGAACAACUGGCUUAGAACGGACUGGAUCCUCCGAGGUGGCGCCCAGCGUGUCUACAUCGAGAUCAAGUUCACCCUGCGCGACUGUAACAGCCUCCCUGGUGUCAUGGGAACCUGCAAGGAGACCUUCAACCUCUACUACUACGAGUCCAACAACGACAAGGAGCGCUACAUCCGAGAGAACCAGUUUGGAAAGAUCGACACGGUGGCGGCCGACGAGAGCUUCACCCAGGUGGACAUCGGAGACCGCAUCAUGAAGCUGAACACGGAGGUCAGGGACGUCGGAGCCUUGACCCGGAAAGGUUUCUACCUGGCCUUCCAGGACGUGGGAGCCUGCAUCGCCCUGGUGUCUGUCAGGGUGUUCUAUAAGAAGUGUCCCAUGGCCGUGAGGAACCUGGCCCAGUUCCCUGACACCAUCACCGGGGCUGACACCUCCUCACUGGUGGAAGUCCGAGGAUCCUGCGUGCAUAAUUCUGAGGAGCGUGACGUUCCCAAAAUGUACUGCGGGGCGGACGGAGAGUGGCUGGUGCCUAUCGGGAACUGCCUGUGUAACCCGGGAUUCGAGGAGAGGAACGCUAAAUGCCAGGCCUGUAAGAUUGGCUACUACCGUGCCCUGGCCACAGACGGUGCCUGCUCCAAGUGUCCUCUCCACAGCUACUCUGUCAGAGAGGGAUCUACAUCCUGUGCCUGCGACAAGAGCUACUUCCGCUCUGAGACUGACCCUGCAUCCAUGCCCUGCACUAGACCCCCAACGGCCCCGCUCCACCUCAUCUCCAACGUCAAUGAGACAUCGGUCAACUUGGAGUGGAGCGCUCCUCUCUCCUCUGGCGGACGCCAAGACCUCAGCUACAACGUGGUGUGUAAACGCUGUGGGCCCGAGGGGACACGGUGUCAGCCCUGUGGGAACGGGGUCCACUUCAGCCCCCAGCAGCUGAGCCUCAGGGCCACCAAGGUGUCUAUCAAUGACCUGCAGGCUCACACUAACUACACCUUUGAGAUUUGGGCUGUUAACGGGGUCUCCCAGCAGAGCCCUGGACCUGAGCAGGCCGUGUCGGUGACGGUCACUACCAACCAGGCCGCACCGUCUCCCGUCAACUCGAUCCAAGCCAAGGACAUCACCAGACACACCAUCUCCCUGGCCUGGCAGCAGCCUGAGAAAGCCAACGGGGUCAUCCUGGAAUACGAGGUCAAAUACUACGAGAAGGACCAGAAUGAGAGGAGUUAUCGCAUUAUCAAGACGUCGUCCAGGAACACCGACAUCAAGGGCCUGACACCUCUGACCUCCUAUGUGUUCCAUGUGCGCGCUCGCACCGCCGCCGGCUACGGAGAGUUCAGCGCUCCUUUCGAGUUCAUGACCAACUCUGUUCCAGCUCCUAUCACCGGAGAUGGGACUAACUCCACAGUGUUGCUGGUGUCUGUGGUGGGCAGUGUUGUUCUCCUCCUCAUACUCAUCAGUGCCUUCGUCAUCAGCAGGAGAAGGAGUAAGUACAGUAAGGCCAAGCAGGAUGCUGAUGAAGAGAAACACCUUCACCAAGGAGUGAGGAUAUACGUAGACCCCUUCACCUACGAGGACCCCAACCAGGCUGUCCGAGAGUUUGCCAAGGAGAUCGACGCUUCCUGUAUCAAGAUUGAGAAAGUCAUUGGCAUCGGUGAGUUUGGGGAGGUGUGCAGCGGUCGUCUGAAAAUGCCAGGGAAGAGGGAGAUUUGUGUGGCCAUUAAAACCCUGAAGGCGGGAUACACCGACAAGCAGAGGCGGGACUUCCUGUCUGAGGCCAGCAUCAUGGGCCAAUUCGACCAUCCAAACAUCAUUCACCUGGAGGGAGUGGUCACCAAGUGUAAACCAGUGAUGAUUAUCACAGAGUACAUGGAGAAUGGCUCGCUGGAUGCAUUUCUGAGGAAGAAUGACGGGCGUUUCACAGUGAUCCAGCUGGUGGGCAUCUUGCGUGGCAUCGCGUCGGGCAUGAAGUACCUGUCUGACAUGAGCUACGUCCACAGAGACCUGGCCGCACGGAACAUCCUGGUCAACAGCAACCUGGUGUGUAAGGUGUCUGACUUCGGCAUGUCCAGAGUCCUGGAGGACGACCCCGAGCCUGCUUACACCACCAGGGGAGGGAAGAUCCCCAUUCGCUGGACAGCCCCAGAGGCCAUCGCCUACAGAAAGUUCACCUCAGCCAGCGACGUGUGGAGCUACGGCAUUGUCAUGUGGGAAGUGAUGUCAUACGGAGAGCGGCCAUAUUGGGACAUGAGUAACCAGGAUGUGAUCAAGGCCAUAGAUGAGGGGUACAGGCUGCCCCCACCUAUGGACUGCCCCGUGGCAUUGCACCAGCUGAUGCUGGACUGCUGGCAGAGGGAGAGGGGCGAUAGGCCCAAGUUUGGCCAGAUCGUCAACAUGCUGGACAAACUGAUCCGGAACCCCAACAGCCUGAAGAGGACUGGAGGAGAGACCACACGACCCAGCACCACCCUCCUGGAGCCGGUCAGCCCGGAGGUGGCCUCGGCGCUGGGCUCUGUGGAGGACUGGCUGCAGGCCAUCGGUAUGGAGAGAUACCGUGACAACUUCACCGCAGCAGGAUACACCACCCCAGAGGCUGUGGUUCAUAUGACACAGGAGGACAUGGGCCGAAUGGGAAUCUCUUCAGCUGCACACCAGAAUAAGAUCCUGACCAGCGUCCAGGGAAUGCUCUCCCAAAUGCAACAGAUACAAGGCAGAAUGGUUCCGGUCUGAUCCACAAGAAGGAAAUGACUUCAUUUUUUACGAUAAUAAAAAAUGAAAUAUCAAAAGACAAAUGAACGAUAAAAUGGUUUACCUCAUCCAUGCACUUUAAAUUGGAUUUAAAAGAAGAAGAAGAAAAGUGGGAAAAAAUUGCACUUUUUGUCAGACUAUUGAGAACGGGAUCUUUUUAUUUCUGAGGGGCGCUGGGAAUAGGACGGACGGAAAGCUUUUCUGAGAGGCCAACUGGAGUGCCUUCACCGGUCUGGAAGGAAUUCAGAGGGGAUCGCUCCUCUGGGCAGAAGUCAUGUUUCUGGAACGUUCUUUCUGGAAUACCUCCAGAGCAGUAAUUGUGUUAAGUUGUGUAUGUAUGAAUUGUUCUCUGUGACUCGCUGCCAUACCCUCCAUUGUCUUUCUCAGCUGGAUCCGUUCUAACAACAACAUGGGGGAUUCCAACCUCGAGAUAAACACUGAUGUUCUGAAUCUGAGAGGUUAAGGGAGUGAUUCAGGAGGGAGGGGAAGUGGGAUCUGUGUUUUUGCUCUGUUCUGGUCUUGUUUUUCCCAGAUUGGGCUGUUUUGUUGCCCUCAGGACAUUGAGCAUUUUCUCAGAAUGUCUUUGAUCUAAAGAGGUGCAUUGCUACCCCUUGUCCUCCCAAACCAACAUCUCACCUCCUAAAACAUUUCAUUUGGAUCAUCUUCCAUCAGCCCCUCUGGAUUUACAGCCCGCCCCCCUGGGUCUGAUUAUUGCUUUUUGUUUUUUGACAGACAGCUGUUUGGACCAGUUGGAUUCUUACUGUGUAUUUGUUUCCUGAAUGUAAAAAUGAGAGCAAAGGAGUAUGGGAUUUAUUUGAGCACAACUGCGGAGAGAUGGAUAUGUAACAAAAAACAAUGACAACGACAUCAAAAUAAACAAGAGAAUACAUGCUGGACAUUAUUCAAUCAUCAAUCACCACGCUGCCCCCGUCUAUCAUCAACAGGAUUCCUCCCUCUCUCCCCAUGACCAGAAUUCCUCUUCUUCUCCUUGGAGUCUCCUCCAACUCCAAGAUGAGAAAUCCAUCUCUCCAUGUCUGGCACAUCUCGUUGUUCGCCGUCGCUACGUUUUUCAGAACGGACAAACAGACUAGGGCUCCAUGACCACCACCAACAGCUUACAGAAACGAUAGGAAUGAUUCAGCAUCAUUUAAAAAACAUACAAAUAAUGUAAUAUAAACUAGACCCGCCUCCAGCAGAUGAUGUAGUUGUUUUAUGAAUUUUGAAGUUGAUUCUCCUUUGUGUUUUUGGGUAGCAUGUAAAGUGAGUGUAUGGUAACAGCGACCAUGUGGUAGUGUGAUGAGUGUGCACCAUGUGUGUUUGAGUGAAUGUGUGUGUGUGUGUGUGUGUGUGUGUGUGUGUGUGUGUGUGUGUGUGUGUGUGUGUGUGUGUGUGUGUGUGUGUGUGUGUGUGUGUGUGUGUGUGUGUGUGUGUGUGUGUGUGUGUGUGUGUGUGUGUGUGUGUGUGUGUGUGUGUGUGUGUGUGUGUGUGUGUGUGUGUGACUGUCUAUGAUGUCUUCAAAGUACUAUCGAUAGUUGUCUGUUUUUAUGCCAGAUUUGUUUUUGGAAUUUCAUGAAUUACUUAGUAACUAGAAAAACAAUGUAAAGUGUGCCACUACUCGUGAUUUGUCAAUCCUCUUCAGCAACAGCAGUUAAAGAGGUUUGCGGUUUUCAACACACCCUUAACCGCAAUGGCUUUAGUAGUGGGAUCCAGUUGGAUAUAUGGACAAUGGCCUCCUAUACUGACAGAAACACAGAAGGACAGACGGACAGUCAGCGGCAUAGGCUCUCUCAUUAGAAAGUAGAGUGGACUCUCCGAGCUGAAGCAAAGACACUGCGGAACCAUCUUUCUGGAUUUUGAGCAGGGGAUGUUUUAAAAAGACGCACCUACAGUAUAUAGUCAACAAGGACUUGAUGCUGGGAAGGGUGAUAAGGGAUAAUCAUUGGUCUCGUUUCAUUUGUAUUUUUUCAGAUAUGCACCACAUGACAGUCAGGUUUCAUUCAAUGGACUUCUUUUUUUUAUAUACAACUGUUAAUAUCUGAAUGUUUUUCUGAUCAUAUGUGAUGGUUGACAUACUACAGAUUCCUCCGUCCUCCAUACCAGUCCAGCUCAAUGCUCCUCCAUACCAGUCCAGCUCAAUGCUCCUCCAUACCAGUCCAGCUCAAUGCUCCUCCAUACCAGUCCAGCUCAAUGCUCCUCCAUACCAGUCCAGCUCAAUGCUCCUCCAUACCAGUCCAGCUCAAUGCUCCUCCAUACCAGUCCAGCUCAAUGCUCCUCCAUACCAGUCCAGCUCAAUGCUCCUCCAUACCAGCCCAGCUCAAUGCUCCUCCAUACCAGCCAAGCUCAAUGCUCCUCCAUACCAGCCAAGCUCAAUGCUCCUCCAUACCAGCCAAGCUCAAUGCUCCUCCAUACCAGCCCAGCUCAAUGCUCCUCCAUACCAGCCCAGCUCAAUGCUCCUCCAUACCAGCCAAGCUCAAUGCUCCUCCAUACCAGCCAAGCUCAAUGCUCCUCCAUACCAGCCAAGCUCAAUGCUCCUCCAUACCAGCCAAGCUCAAUGCUCCUCCAUACCAGCCCAGCUCAAUGCUCCUCCAUACCAGCCCAGCUCAAUGCUCCUCCAUACCAGCCAAGCUCAAUGCUCCUCCAUACCAGCCAAGCUCAAUGCUCCUCCAUACCAGCCAAGCUCAAUGCUCCUCCAUACCAGCCCAGCUCAAUGCUCCUCCAUACCAGCCAAGCUCAAUGCUCCUCCAUACCAGCCAAGCUCAAUGCUCCUCCAUACCAGCCAAGCUCAAUGCUCCUCCAUACCAGCCCAGCUCAAUGCUCCUCCAUACCAGCCAAGCUCAAUGCUCCUCCAUACCAGCCAAGCUCAAUGCUCCUCCAUACCAGCCAAGCUCAAUGCUCCUCCAUACCAGCCCAGCUCAAUGCUCCUCCAUACCAGCCAAGCUCAAUGCUCCUCCAUACCAGCCAAGCUCAAUGCUCCUCCAUACCAGCCCAGCUCAAUGCUCCUCCAUACCAGCCAAGCUCAAUGCUCCUCCAUACCAGCCAAGCUCAAUGCUCCUCCAUACCAGCCAAGCUCAAUGCUCCUCCAUACCAGCCAAGCUCAAUGCUCCUCCAUACCAGCCCAGCUCAAUGCUCCUCCAUACCAGCCCAGCUCAAUGCUCCUCCAUACCAGCCAAGCUCAAUGCUCCUCCAUACCAGCCCAGCUCAAUGCUCCUCCAUACCAGCCAAGCUCAAUGCUCCUCCAUACCAGCCAAGCUCAAUGCUCCUCCAUACCAGCCAAGCUCAAUGCUCCUCCAUACCAGCCCAGCUCAAUGCUCCUCCAUACCAGCCAAGCUCAAUGCUCCUCCAUACCAGCCAAGCUCAAUGCUCCUCCAUACCAGCCCAGCUCAAUGCUCCUCCAUACCAGCCAAGCUCAAUGCUCCUCCAUACCAGCCCAGCUCAAUGCUCCUCCAUACCAGCCAAGCUCAAUGCUCCUCCAUACCAGCCCAGCUCAAUGCUCCUCCAUACCAGCCCAGCUCAAUGCUCCUCCAUACCAGCCCAGCUCAAUGCUCUUCUCAUUGGUGAAGCUGGGUUUUAAUCCAUCAAGGACCUGUCAUGUGGAAAUAUGCAACAAGUGUGAGGAAAGGGAAACAGAAUGUACUGUAUAAUACUUUUUCAUUUAGUUACUGAUGAAAAAAAUUAACAAAACACAAAUGAAUGUUUGUCAUUGUAUGCCUUCUGAUACCAUAUGAUCCAGCCAUGCACACUAACACUAUCAAUCUCUUUUUUUCAUGCUUUUUUUCUAUUAUUAUUUUUGUUCAUUCAAUUUUUUUUGGUCAAGGACUUUAGGUACAUGUAACUUAUGUCAUUAUUUAUGGUCUUUUAUAUCUAGUUUGUAAAAUUAUAGCAAAAGUGAAGAAAAUGAAGGGUUGUCAUAUGGUGCAUUCUUAUUAAAGUAGAAACCAUCCGACUGUC